UAAGUGAUUGUAAUUAUUAUAUUUUAUUGAAGUCGGCGAGACUCCUGCUAACAAAAAUCAGUUAAUUAAGUCUUCGUUUAAUUAAAGAGAAGAUAAUUACAAGACAUGGUAAAUGUCACGAAGGGCAUCUUAGUCGAAUGCGAUGCGGCUAUGAAACAGUUCCUUUUACAUCUGGACGAAACAUCCGCACUGGGAAGGAAGUUUAUAAUUCAGGACUUGGAUGAGAGACACCUAUUUAUAUCUAUCGAUAUACUGGAGACUCUGCAAACAAAAGUAGACGAUUUAAUGGACCAGAUCUCAUUUCCGCUGGCAGAGAAAGGAAUAUAAAUAAAAAAAA